GUCAGUGGGAGGCAACCCUCAGCCCUACAAGUCAAGGUUCACCGUUGUUGAACUGCCUGGACUUGAGAAACUAGCGGAGCAGUCGGGGUACAGUGCACUCUGGGAAGGCCCACAACUCAGCCAGGCUCUAGUGGCCUUGAAUCAGGUUGUUACCUCCCUUGCCCAACAUUCCUAUCCUGACCGUGUGAUAGACUACGGGUAUGUAUGUGUGAUGCUCAGAUGAAAGUUAAACUUAUAUACUAUUUCUGAAAAUACUAUGGGGCCAUCCAUAAAAGACGUCCACCAAUUUUUUGCUAUUUUUACCCCCCCCCCUUUGUCCACUUUUGACUUGAUCCCCCCCCCCGACCCCCAGUUGUGGACGUCCAAAACAUGAAAUGUACCGAACUUAAAUUAAUGAAUAAUUUGGGAAAAUGUAUAACAAUAUAAAGAGUAUGUAUUUACAAAGAUUUUUUUUAGAAAUUCCAAUUAUUUGCAGGCAAAAUUCUAAAUGAAAUAAUAACUGUUCAAAAACAUUUUAUUGAAUCACUGUAUUAAAAAGUGCAAUAAACAAAUAAUCCACCAUUCUUCAAUCAACGAAAAAUUCGGACUGCAGCCAUUCAAACAUGUUUCGUAUAAUGACAACAUCUGUUCUUGAGUCUUCAAUUGCUAAUUCAAUCUGAGUGGCAGUCUCUUCGUCUGAUUUGUCUGCCAUAUUAUGUUCACUAGCAGGAAUAUUGCAAUUGACGACCUUAUGUUUUUUCAUUGCCGCCUGUGAUGGGAAAUAUUUAUCGCAGAAACAUAUUCUCUUGGAAAUUCUCCCAGCCACCGAUGGACAAUAGAGAUCAAAAGGCAUGUUACUGUAACUGUGAUCGGGCAGUAAAUUUGCAGUAAAUUUGUGCAAAACUGCUGCACUCAAAAAAACACUACAAUGUGGACAUCCACUUUGUCCGAAACCCCCUCCCCCCCUUUGUCCACUUUUUGCUGAACGCCCCCUCCCCCCUUUUGUGUGGACGUCUUUUAUGGAUGACCUCUAUGGAGAUGAUAUAUAUUUUUUGUUUUAAAAAUGAAGCUUGCAUGAUAGUUUUUGUUGUAAUUUAAAUAUAUGUAAAUGAAUAUCAAACUAUUUAUUCAAAUACAUUCAUAAGGCAUGGCUCAAGAGACAAUGAUUGAUAAAGAUCAAUUAUUUACUUUUGUGGUUUUUCAAAUAAAGUUUUAUAUAGUGCUUACUGCAUCCAUGAUAUAAUUUCUCUUUUUUUUUUUUUUUUUUUUUUUUUGCAUUUUCAUCAGUGCAUUUUUUCAUUUAUUUUUUCUCUUAUAGGGAGGUUGUUCUAUUUAUUGUAAUUCACUUCAUGUGACUAUCCAUAAACUGCAUCUCUGUAUUAGCAUGUUUCAUACUGAUAUUAAAAUAACCUAUACAUAUAAAAAAAAAAAAAAAUUUUAUUUAAUAUUUUUUAUUUCAUUUAACAAUCCAAUCACUGGUGUUUCUUUCAAUUUAAGUCACAAUUCAAACCAAAAUGAAGAUGAAAAAAUAAAUUUUAUUUUAAUUUUUUUUUUUUUUUUUUUUUAUUAUUGCAUUUUCAUCAGUGCAUUUAUUCAUUUAUGUUUUCUCUUAACUACAACCUAUCCUAAAACUUCAUAUGUUUUCUCUUAACUACAACCUAUCCUAAAACUUCAUAUUACAUGUUUCCCCCAAGCUAUUUUAAACUUUUUAAAUUACAAAAAAAAUCUUUACCAAUGAGCAUUUAAAAGGAAAGCCGAAAAAUUUAAUUUAUUAGAAGUUACUCUACUAUAAAUAAACACAUGUAAUAUUUUGGUCAAUUUGUAGCAGUACAGCAGUAAAAAAUAAAACUGAUUCUCCCAAGACAACAUCAUGUGUAAAUAAUCCUUUACAUUAUCUCAUAUUCAAUAUAGAACAUUCACGGCAUCGUGUCUUUUGUAUUCAUAUGUCACUCAGCAAGUCUAUCCUCACCCGACUCCUUCAAGAAGAAUUAGGUGGCAACUGUCACACGAGGGCUCUCAUUUGUUUGAAGCCGGAGUCCAGUGGCGACACUGUUACAGCCAUCCUCAAAUUUUGUAACAAUCUUGCUCAAGUGAAAAACUUUCCUAUAGUCAAUGACACAUUUGCCCAGGUAAGUCAGAAAUAAGUUUUGUCACAAGGGUGAUGUGUGUUGUAUUCAAUGGAACCUCAAAUAUACACAAAUGCACCUACAUUUGAAAUGAUCAGCGAAUAACAUUUUAAAUAUUUUCUUUUAAAAACUGUUUUGAUUGAAAUCGUUUUAUUGUUAAAUUAAUAUAUUUAAAGCAUUUAAAUUGUUUAACUGUGUUUGGGGGGGCCUGGAAAAAAAGUCUGGCCACCUUUCUCUAUCCUCGAGGCACUGUCUGAAAUCAAUUAUAGAGCCGUGUAAAUAUUAAAAAUAUUGAAAUAAUAAUAAUAUUCCAUCACACAAAGAUUUUGAGGAAAGUAUAAGUGAACAAUUAAUUUACACCACUUUUAACACAGUUAAUCUGAACAGUAAGUCAAAGAAGCAAAGAUUUCAAAUGACACACUGUAGUUGAAAUUUUAGGCAUGCUGGUGGUUUCCUUACAACAAACAAAUAUGCACAUUAAAUAAAACAAAACAAUCCAAAAAUGUAUUAAAUUUUUUUUCCAUUGUUGCUAGUUUAUGUUAUGAUACAUUCUUUAUAAACUCAAAAAGAAAAUUAAUUAUUUAAAUUAUUAAAUACCCUCUAACCAAAAACGUCUAUAGCAAAUUCCAAAGAGAUAGUUACAAUUUCAGAAGAGUUCUCUUCAUUAUGAAUUUCUUCCCCAGGGUUUAUUAACUCAGAGCCGGGCCAAAUUUCUUGCUGCUAAGCUUGGUGGUGUCAGUCACACCAUGUCAUCAACAGCGCCGUACGGGCCUGACAUGGGCUCAGACAUACGUAGACUUCAGACAGAAAAUGUGAGUCACUUAAAAUGAUGUGCUCUUAAGAUUUAUUUCAUUACCAUUAAUGAUGUCUGCAUGUUUCUAAAUCUCAUUUACUUCUUGCAUGCUUACGCUUACACAUUUUUUUUUUAUCACCCUGUCACUUGAACUAAAGGUAGCUCUAUGAUUUUGACACUUUGAAUUAAACCCUGCCCUAAAGUCUUUUGGUCCUGUGAUGAUCAUAAUUAAUUGUUGGGUGACACAAGAAAGAAUCUGUGUUCAGCCCAGAUUUGUAAAAGAUGUGAAUACAUCUUUUAAAUGUUUUUUUUUUUUAAUUAAUUUUUUUUUAAAUUAUAAAAAGAGAAUGAUAAACAUUUAGCUAUGAUAUUAACAUUCAGUUCACUUCAUAUCAAUACAACCUUUGUAAAAAUCAAUUUACCCAAGGCUUUGUAAGGACAUUUGAUGAAGAUAAAGUUGCACAUUAAAAAUAUCUACUGUUGCCGCCAAAUCUAAAUUCAUGCACAUACUUGUUAAACAUGUGGUAGAUUCAGUACGGUUAAUUUUGGUAAAUACUGUAUGGCUUAUAAAUAAGAAUUAAAGUCAUGAAUAAUAAUUUUUAUGAUAUGUAUGCAUGUCUGGCAUGCUCAAUAGUGCGCAAAAUAAUAUUUGAAUACGUUUUGUCAAGUAACUUUAGCAGAAGGGGCUCACAAACUGAUCCCCCCCCCCCAAUUGUUGGGUGUGUUUUUCCUCUAGUGUACAUAAAUUAAUAUUUUAAAAUGUUUAAUUGACAUGUGUUAAAAAAAAGUAAUUCUUGUGUUAAAACUUUAAUCACAAAAAAAUGUUGCUCACUCCCAAUUCUUCUCUCAGCUCGUCCUGAAGGACCAAAAUGAACGCCUCCAACUGCGUCUGGACCAGCUGAGCAACAAGUUCGGUCAUGUGGCCAGCACUAAAACAGAUCUGUCCCAACAGCUGCUACUCAGUGAGGAGGAAAAGCUGAAGGUUGGUGUUCUUGUGUUGCUCAGACAGGAACUGUUGUUGCGUUGUAAUUGACUGAACUCCCAUGCAAUUUAUUUGACUAAUUUUCAGCACAACAAAAAAAAUCUCAUGUCUUGAAAGGUUUAAAACCUGCGGGCUGAGAAAAUAAAACCUUACAAAGGAAUUCCAGUGUUUCCUCUUCAUUUACCCCUCUGUGCCUCUCACAGUUCUUAAGCAGUUCAAGUUUUAAAGAAUUAUUUCAUACAUAUGUUAAAUGAAACCACAGAUAUUGAAUAUGAUAAAAAUAAAAUCAGACAAACUUUUAAAAUGCAGAUAUUGGAAACCAUCUAGUGUAAUGUUGCCAGGUAUUUUUUACUGUCUUGCCAGGUUUCCCAGUCUCUGGUGGAGAUGCAGAUUGAAAAUAAUAAGAUUAAAGAGGAGACAGAAGCCACAAACUUUGAGCUGACAAACAAGGUGAGUGAGGAGUUUGGUGAGUGGGAGGAGUUUCGUGGGUGAGGAUUUUAGUGAAUGGAUAUUGUAGUAAAUGCAGAGUUUAGUGAGGAAGAAUGUGGUGAGUGAGGAGUUUGGUGAGUAUGUAUUUUUUGUGAGUGUGAGGAGUUUCGUAAUGGAGGAUUAGGUGAGGGAGGAAUUUUGUGAGUGAGGAGUUUGAUGAGGGAGAUACUUUGUGAAUGAGGAGUUUGUUGAGUGAGGAAUCUGGUGAAAGAGAAUGUGGCGUUAAAGGAAUUUGGUGAGUGAUGAGUUUAUGAGAGUGAGUAAUACAAGACAUGAAGCACUUUGUUAAUUGAGAAAUUUGAUGAGUGAGUACUUUUGGCUGCUGAGGAAAGUGAGAAAUGUUUAUGAUAUUUGAAUUUUGGGAAAAAGGAAUUCAGUCACUUACUUAAGUCAUUAUUAAUAUUUUUAAUAUUUGCAAUUAGUAAAUUUGGGAGUAAUCAAUAACUUUUAAAUUUUAAAAAAAUAUUUGAAAGUAAAUCUGUUCAGGUCAGCCUAUGACCUGUGAUGCACCCUACUUGCCCUGCCUCAUUUUCUGUCUCGGGUUGAUCCUGUAGUAUAGGCCAACACGUGCCAAAGUGUACUCGUUUUAUAGCCAUUUUAAUUGUUUCUAUAGUAUAGUAGUUACUAUCCUAGUGUAUCUGGUUUUUCAUUUUAAUUUUACUUAGUUUACAUGUUUUUAAUAAUUGUAAAGCGCUUAGAGCUUUAAGGUAAGCGCUAUAUGAAAAUGCCUAAAUAAAUAAAUAAAUCAUUUUAAAAAAAAAAAAAAUUGAAGAAAUAAAAUCAAAAGUGAGUUUUUUUAAUGACCAAAUCAGUAACAAACAAAAAAAGUUUUUGUCAACUUUUUUUCCAUCAGUGCCUGCAUUUUUCAAGCUGAGAAAUGAACUUAUAACCCUAAAUUUAAUUAAUAUAUCAUGUUUAGUUGGGGGGGAGGACUGGUGGUUUUCACGUGAGAUAUGCAGUUUAGUUUACAUAAGAUAUGUAAUCUUAUUGUCCCCCAUGAAUACAGGUUGGAAAUUUGUUCAGAUACCUGUGCUCUGCACUCAGUUUGACUCCACUUAAUUUAACCCGCUCGAUUAGAAGGUUUAACCAUUCUCCUGGUUAGUGGGCUUGGUUAGUUAGUCCCAUUGGGGCAAAUUUGUGCAAAAGGAUUGAUACAGAGAGAUGUAAUACUAGGCAGUAAAAUAUAGACUGUGGCCCAUAUGUCUUUCAGGAUGUCCAGUUUCUUUCAGUGCCAAAUGUGUAUGUGUAGUAAGCUUUCACAUGGCUAGGUCUACCUAAUCAUCCCUUAAUGUCUAAAUCACCAAAUUUGGUAUUGGAAUUAAUCAGUUUGGGGAAAGUCUACCAAACAUCAACAACAACAUCCAUGCAGAGUCGUCAUGUGACUUUUGGAGGCCCGCUUUACUUUUCUUUUUUUUUUUGUCCUCUGCAUUCAAAGUUGAUAAUUUAUUGUUCUCCACAUCAAAAUUUUCUUCCUCUUAACUAUUCCAGGCCCCAUGCAGAAGGCUUUGCUUCCAUGUAGAUAUUUUUUUUAUUUAUGUUUCAAAAACUGUGAAAGGAAAAUAUAUUUGAGGGGUGGCUGUAUAAAGUUGUGGUGCCCUCACACGGCAUUUGUUUGAGACUCCUUACUAUAUUAAUGUACUGUACAUUUCCUGUGUACUUUUCUUUGUCCUGUCACUGGUCUGCACAUUUUUGUGUAUAUACAGUGUAUUAUGCUUGAAUUUUUCCGUAGUAAAACAUUACAAAUCUUGUAUUUUCUUUAGUACGUGUAUCUCUUCUACUGCCUCCAUAAUCUGUCUGUAUCUUUUGGUUCUGGGUCCUCCUCAUCUUCUUUGCCUUUUCAACUCCCAGUGGAGCCUAGGCCAUUAACAAUUUCUUUUCAAGGCUGUUUGCCUUGUGACAUCUUCUCUGAUUCUUUUCAACUCUUUUCAAGCUGUAUAUUAUAACUUACUGUUAAUCUCUCUUUGCCGGGUGUUUUUUGGUUGUUCCUUUCGUCUUGAUCCUCGAGAGUUCCUGACCUGGUGGUGGUUUUGUUAAAUUUGGCAUCGGUUUUUAUUUCUGGCUUCCACUGGUUGAAAUAUUUAUUUAUCUGCUCCCACAACUGCUCCACCUUCUUGACGUCUAUGAGACCACAUGUGGUUUUUUUCUUCCUCAGAUCAUCAUGUUGGAGAACCAGCUGACUGAGGCCCAGAAUGCCGGCGACAGACACAAACGUUCCGCUAAGGCUGCUAAGGAGAGGCUGAGGGAAAUGGAGGCUGACAGGAAGGAUCUGGCUGAUGAGUAUGUCGUUCUCAAGACCAACUACCUGGCAUUGACCAAUGAGCACAAGAGGGAGGUAACUACAUCCAUUUUAUAAACACUGAUAAACAUUUUAAUAAAAGAUGUGUCUCCAUUACAUAGAAGAAUGACAGACCAGCACUCAAAUGACACUAUUCUGGAAAGGAUGGGAAUGAGGGACUUGAAUGACAUCUCGAUGGCUAUUUAAUGUUUUAGAUUUUCUUUGAGACUAAAAAUGUCAUUGGUUUUUGUUUAUUUUUAUCAUUUGACAGAUUUCAAAUUAGUUUUACACAACCAUUCUGAAAAAAAAACAAAAAAAACCAAAAAAACAGCAUCAUUAAAACUUUAGGAGCAAAUUAAACAUGAACAAUGGUCAUUUUUGUCAACUUCAGGGAGGUUGUUCUAUUUAUUGUAAUUCACUUCAUGUGACUAUCCAUAAACUGCAUCUCUGUAUUAGCAUGUUUCAUACUGAUAUUAAAAUAACCUAUACAUAUAAAAAAAAAAAAAAUUCUAUCUAAGAGUUCUGAUGUCAUUGAACAAUCCAAUCACUGGUGUUUCUUUCAAUUUAAGUCACAAUUCAAACCAAAAUGGAGAUGAAAAAAUAAAUUUAAUUUUAAUUCUUUUUUUUUUCCGGCUAACUGCAUUUUGGAAUAUGUUUGUAUUGUCUGCGAAUGAAUCUAAAUGUUACAAACUAUUUAACUAGGGUUUCCUAAGGUCUAGUCUGUUAAAGAAAUACACCAACCAGUUAUUAAAAUAUGUUUGAACAUAAAGAAAAAGAUAUAAUUUAUUACAAAAAUUUAACACCGAGAUGGUUCACUGAGUGAAUUUUUCAUCCCAAAAAUAAUGUAAAUUCUAAAUUGCACAGAAAUGAGAUGCUGGGCAUGGCUGUAGUAAAAGGAGUGUGUGAAAAUAUUUUCAACUAGUUAACAUCACAAGGUAACACUUCGAUUAGUUAGGAAAGUCUCAUUUUAGGUCUGAUAAUUGUUACAAGUGUUUUUUUUUUUUAAAUGUUGGCUUUGUCAUACAGUGCAGCAGAAAUGAAAACCUGGCAAUAGAACUGCUCAACCUGGUCAACAACAAGGCGGCACUCAUGAGACAAGUCCUGAUACUGACCAAUGGUGACCCAAGUACAGCCGAUGACCCCACUGCUGAAAUCGCUCGCAUCAGAGCCAUCAUCCAGCAGAACACAUCUGGAAAAAUUAAGGUGUGGAUAAACAAACGUUUUUUGCUGUCUUUAUUAACUCUAUUUUGACAAAAUUUGGUCUCAAAGCCAUGUCACUGAGAGAUAAAGCCAUGUCACAGAGAGAUAUAAAGCCAUGUCAAAGAGAGAUAAAGCCAUGUCACAGAGAGAUAAACUUUCCACCUACUCAUCUCCUGAAUAAAGGAUAAUAAAUUAAGGACUAAAUUCAAGCUGUGUGAAGGAAAUAGUGGGACAAGGUAAGCGAAAGAUUUAAAUAUAUAGGACAAUACAAGAAGAACCUUUCGGCAAGUGAAGACAAUUAGACGAAAGGUCAUUCAUUUAUUGUCCUGUGUAUAUCUUUCAGGCUUCCACUUACAUUGUUCCACUAUUUCCUGAAUACGACCACCACCCCACACACACUCAUUGCAGCUGGAGCCUAGUUGUCAACUCCAUCACAUUUGAUAACAAAUUUCUCCUCUCCAACUUUUGUGUUUAAAAUAAACACAUUGUUCUAGUUAUUCUUAAUUAUGAAACAGUUAAACUACCUUAGGUCAAUGAGUUAAUUUGUUAGUUUUAAAAUGUGAAUUUUUCUGUAACAUUUUGUCUAUGUGUGUUAAAUAGAACUUUUCAUAACAUUAAGAUUGUUUCCCUAAUUAAAUUGUUACUUUAAAGUUUUCACUGUUUUUUUUCCUGUUUAAAGGCAAGUCAAAAUCCCCAUUUUUAAAAAUAGUCUUUGUUUAUUGAAACAAGUUUACAUAAGAUAUGUAAUCCAACUUGUAAUGAAUUUUUCUGUAACAUUUUGUCUAUGUGUGUUAAAUAGAACUUUUCAUAACAUUAAGAUUGUUUCCCUAAUUAAAUUGUUACUUUAAAGUUUUCACUGUUUUUUUUCCUGUUUAAAGGCAAGUCAAAAUCCCCAUUUUUAAAAAUAGUCUUUGUUUAUUGAAACAAGAACUUGAUCAGUAUGAUAUAUAUAUAUCAGAUUCAAGUUCAAGUGAUUUUGUGAAAAUAAUUACAAGUUUCAUUUGAUCUAAUUAAAUUCUUUUCAGGCUGAUGAAAUUUUAGGAUCACAGAGGGACAGAGAACUAAUAGAGGACAGGGUAAGUCUGACAGGGUUAUUCAUCUUGCACUGCCAAUUGAGAAAUAAUCUAUAGAAAUACAAUCACAGGUGUGCACAGUUUCAGAACAGAUCAAAUUUACAAAAUAUUUAGCACGUUUUUAAAAACUACAAAUCCUUAAUAUUAUUUAUUACAUUAAGAAAUGGGGUCAGCGGGCUAUCGAGCUUGCGCUCUUUAUGCCCUCCCCAAAACACCCCUCCCCAACCCGGUAUCGGGCCGUGGAGCGGCACGUCGGGGAUGUCCUUUUGUCAGGACAGCCCCCACCCGAGUCUGCUCGACCAGGUCUCCGCCGGGGGCCGUCCUAACCCAAAGACACCCGGUCGGUCCGACACUGUGUUAUUUCGCACAGUGCACACGAUCGACUUUCUCAGGAGUCGGGAUGGAAAAUUUUACGUCCUAAUAUCUUCCCCCACCCAUCCCGGGGAAGCGUUAGACGCCCUAUAAGAGGGAUUCUACAGUGGGUUUCCACAACGCAACUAAUUCGCGAUGCAGCUGGGACGAAACGGUUGCCUUUGAGCAGCUUCUCAGGGCUGCGUAGUAAGAAUCAUCGGCCAGAGGUUACCACCUUCGCCUCUCGCCUCAUAUCCAUUAACACCAACUUGUAAUCAUGAUCCCUACCCUGUCACUGCCUAUUGUUCCAGUUGGGAAAUAUCACAACUGGGAGCCCUGUAGGAGCUGUUUUAUGUACCACAGGUUGCCGAGCACAUCCCCACAUCCCUUGUCUGCCCACGCAGGAUGCGCCCAGUGGUCGUGUUUCCCGGGUAACGUCGAGGGGGUCGGUGGCCAUCGCCUCAUACAAAUCCUUAAUAAAACUAUUGAUUUUGAUGUAAUUCUAAUAUAUAAAAGUAACAAACUCUUAAAAUUAUGCAGACAUUUUCUUGCUGUUUAAAUUUUGUAUCUUUAAAGUUAUACUUUAAUAUUGAUAAAUUUAUCGAUUAUUUGUAUUUCAUUUAAAAUUAACCCCAUAGUAGUGUAAAACUAUUGUAAUUCUUGGCUGCCUGUAAUUAUCAACAAGGAAAAAAGUUUGAAGUUUUACCUACAAACUUUUUAUUAUUAUAAAUAUGAGCAAGGCUUUAAUGAAGACACUGAACCAGUGGACCUAAUCUUAUAGCCAGUAAAAUUGACAGUUUUAAAUGAGAAUAGUAGGUUUGCAGAGCUAUUACAUAUUUUAAAUUUAAAAAAGUAGCUUUGCAAAGCUAAGACAUGUUUUAAAUGAGAAAAGUAGCUCCUCUGCAUGUAAUGUGUUGAUGUCCCUCUAUUUUUUAAAAAAUUAUUUCUGCAGCUGUUUGCCAGCAAGAGGAAGUUUGAAUCUGAGAUUAACCGCCUGAAAAACGAUUACGGAGACGAUAAUAGAAAAUAUGAAUCUAGAAUGUAAGCAUUUUUUUUUCAUCAGUGAAAUCUGAACCCAAACAUUUUUGACUUGCUGAAAUAUCUCAAAAGUCAGUAUGAAAAGCAGAAAUUUGGUGUAACUUUUUUUCCAUCCUAUGUAUGGAGCUACAAAAGAAUAAAGAAGAAUGCAUUGUAAUAAAAUGAAAUCGAUACAUUCUUAAUUGGUUAUGAUAUUUUCUACAUUGAGACUCUAUUCUGCACCUUAAGCAUGUACAUGGUGUAGAAACAGAUGAAUAAUUAUGAAGUUUAUUCCAUUGUCAUGACAGGAAUUCCAUAAUGAAAGAGCUGGCAGACACCAGGGUGUUGGCCAGGGAGAGAGGACAGAAGAUAUCAGAGCUAAAUGCUGUAAGUAAAUAAAUAAGUAGCAUGAAAUUGCAGACCUGUUUACCCUCAAACUCUUAAAAUCGUACAAUAUCAUCACAAAAUCGUUUAAUACAUUAUCUUAAUAGUGAAAAAUAAACAUACAGUAUAUAUAAUGUAUACACCUCAAAAUCGUAAAUUGUACGCCAAAAUCGUAAGAGUAAACAGGUCUGAAAUUGUGCAAAUCAAUUAUUUUGUGUGUGCCGAGUCUCAACCAGUGGAUCCCACUCUUUUUGAGUCGUAGGGUCAUUUUUAGAAUCAAUUUUUAUGGGGGUGCCCCUAGUGCCCACUCUGGGUGUUAAAAGUUAAUAGUGUUUAGGAGUUUCUGGGUAGGCCUUAGAGCCCCUGAGAAGUGCAUAUGGGGCUUGGGUUUUUGAGCAGUCGUCUAACCCUAUCCAUUUAUUAUUUAAGUUUCUUAUUCUAUAUUAUCAGUUUAUUGUAGUUAACGAUUAAUUUUGGUCUCCCAACCUGGGUUAUUCAUGGGUGGUGUGAGUUGGUAUGUCAGGGGUGCAAGGUAAAGUUUUGUUUUAUUUAAUUAAUUUAUGUCAUUAAUUAUUUCAGAUUUUUAUUAUGUUUGUUAAAUUGUAUGUACAGCGUGGUGAGCCCAGCCCUAGGCUGGGGUACCACGCUUAUAAAACCACGUAUGAUAAUAAUAAUAAAGUGAUUAUGAAUAUAAAUAUAUAUAUCAUAAUAAUUUUUUUUUUCAAUUUUAACAUGCACUGUUACUUGUAGAAGGGAUGCUAGACUUAGUCAAACAGUUUAUAGGUGUGCAGAAUGUAGAGAAAGUUAGGAAACCCUGUUGCAAAUUACGAAAUUGAUGUGUUUGCUUGUUUCACAGUAGUCGUUAGCCUGUUUUUUUACCAAAACUUAACCAGUUUUAAAGGAAAAUAAUUUUAACUUCUCAAUUAUUUUGGGUCUUAGAAAUGAGCUUGAAAAUGAGUUUUUAGUUUUUACAGCAGAUGAAUAUCAACAUUUGUUCUUUCUUAUCAGAAACUGAUCACACUCAGGGGGGAAAAGGAGUUUGUGGAGACUCAGACAAAUCGUCUGCAGCAUAAGGUCAAGGACCUGGGUGAAGACUUCAGGGCCAGACUGGUUAAAUAUGUUGAGGACAUUGCUGUAAGUUUUUGCAUAAUGACUAAGGUUACUUCAUAUAACUGCCCUGGUAGGAGCUUCCUCAUUAGGUUAAAUCUGAAGCAGAAUGGUAUCCAACAUAUUCAUACAAUUUAACUGGCUAUCAAAUUUGGCAGUUGGAGGCUUUUGGGUCGGACGCACCUGGACUGGACAAUUGAUAGGUUCAUUUAAAGGACCCAUCCCAUGAGGAGAAGUAAAAAUAUUAGACAUGUCCAUCUCCUGCCCUGUUGACAUAGUUUCAUAUCUUACCGUAUGACCAGGAAUAUGUUGACAAGGGCAGCGGUGUCCCUGGACAGCAACAGCAGAAGAAGAUGAGAGAGUAUGUCGACAACAUGCUUAAGGACAUCAGAAGGUCUCACAAGGAGAGGGAGGACCAGCUCAGUCAGGCGGCACAGGCCUUCAGGAAGCGCCUCCAGAACAUAGUAAACAAAUAUGAGCAAGUUUUAAUAGCCUACAGGUUAGGAUUCUACAGUUUACUUAAGUUAUUAGUCUUGUCAGAUGCAUUAUGGUAAUGUUUUAUUUAAUAGAUGUCUGGCUUAAAUAACAAAUAAUCAUCACACCAUCUAUUUAAAAAUGGUAAGUUCAAUGUUUGUAUAUAAAAAUAAAUAAUUACAAAGCAUAUGUUCUCAAUAUAUUUAUACGGCAGUUUGAGGGUUAGUGGGUUAAAAUAAUAUUUUCAAAUUAAACAUUUAUUGCUUAGAAACUUACGACAGACUUGUGAAGCACGGGGUUUUGACAGAACAGACCUCGGACCAGAUGAAUAUGACCUUAAGCUCGAUGACACGGAGAUACAGUCGUCUCACCUGAAGGAGCUCGACAAGACCAAGACGGAGCUCAGCAAGGCUAAAACAGAGUUGGACGCUGUCAAACUACGGGUAAAUUCUUCAGUGAUACAGAAAUGA